AUGGACGGAAGCGCUGAAACCCCAACAACAACAUCAUCAAAGACCACUUCAAUUGGUCUUCCCGUCAUCGUUGAGUCUUUAUUGUCGUCCCUUUGUUUAGUGAGUUCCCUUUACAUCUACUUCUUCGAACAAGCUAAUGUGUACUGCCGUGCCGUUGCCCUUCAAAACAUUAUGCUUUUCUACCUAUUCUUUGCGCUUUUUGUCUUCAUAUUGACAUCCAUUCUAGCGUUUGGGAUGGUAUGGGAGUAUAUCAUGUUUGUCUACGUUGGUAUUGCUUUGAUCGCGAAAGUCGUUCAGAUGGUCAUAGCCGCCUUAUUUUCGAAAUCCGAGCGAUUCAUAGGUAUCCCUCCAAUUUCGACUUUCAUCUUGAACAAGGCAUCUGCUUUAUAA